UGUGAGAUGGCGUUCCCUCGCGAACCCGCGGCAGACGAGACGGCUUUCAGCGAGGCGCUGCUCAAGAGGAACCAGGACCUGGCUCCCACCGCUGCCGAGCAGGCUUCCAUCCUGUCCCUGGUGACCAAGAUCAACAACGUCAUCGACAAUCUGAUCGUGGCGGGAACGUUUGAAGUGCAAAUCGAGGAGGUUCGCCAGGUGGGCUCCUACAAGAAGGGCACGAUGACCACGGGGCACAACGUGGCGGAUCUGGUGGUGAUCCUGAAGAUCCUGCCCACCUUGGAAGCCGUGGCAGCCUUGGGGAACAAGGUGGUGGAGAGCCUGCGGGCGCAGGACCCCGGUGAAGUGCUGACCAUGCUGACCAACGAGACCGGCUUCGAGAUCAGCUCUGCCGACGCCACCGUGAAGAUCCUGAUCACCACGGUGCCGCCCAACCUGCGCAAGCUGGACCCGGAGCUGCACCUGGACAUCAAGGUGCUGCAGAGCGCCCUGGCCGCCAUCCGGCACGCGCGCUGGUUCGAGGAGAACGCCUCGCAGUCCACGGUGAAGGUUCUGAUCCGGCUGCUCAAGGACCUGAGGAUUCGCUUCCCCGGCUUCGAGCCGCUCACGCCCUGGAUCCUGGACCUGCUGGGGCACUACGCCGUGAUGAACAAUCCCACCCGGCAGCCCCUGGCCCUCAACAUCGCCUACAGGCGCUGCCUGCAGAUCCUGGCGGCCGGGCUCUUCCUGCCGGGCUCCGUGGGCAUCACGGAUCCGUGCGAGAGCGGCAAUUUCCGCGUGCACACCGUGAUGACGCUGGAGCAGCAGGACAUGGUGUGCUACACCGCCCAGACCCUGGUGCGCAUCCUCUCGCACGGCGGGUACCGGAAAAUCCUGGGGCAGGAGGGAGAUGCCAGCUACCUGGCCUCUGAGAUGUCCACGUGGGAUGGGGUGAUCGUGACGCCGUCGGAGAAGGCGUACGAGAAACCGCCGGAGAAGAAGGAGGGGGAGGAGGAAGAGGAGAACCAGGAGGAGCCGGCGGCAGGCGAGGAGGAGGAGAGCAUGGAGACCCAGGAGUGAGGGCCCAGUGCCACCUGUGCUGCCCAGAGCAGAUGAGGGGACCUUGAGGGACACCUGAGGGGUCACCUCGCUCACCUGCCCUGUCCCUGUCCCUGUUUUUUUAAGUUGUACAUUAAAGUGUUCCCCCUUUC